AUGAUUGGAGAAAUAUACACCGUGUGCAAUGCUGACGGAAACUGGAGUUCCAUUCCCACCUGCUUGAGAGAUUGUGGCAGCCCAAAGCCAGAAAAUGGCCAAUCAAGCACACCAACUGGCACAACACUGGGUGAAGCUGCCACCAUAUCUUGCAAUGAAGGCUACACCGUCAGUGGUUCAAUUUACAUCAUCUGCAAUGAUGCCGGCUGGAAUGACACAACAAACUGCACAAUUCAAGAAUGCGACGACCCAUCUCCAAUAAAUGGCCUCGCUUCGUUACCGUCUGGUAAAACCUAUGAUAACACUGCCGUUAUUUCCUGUAAUGAUGGAUACAAGCUUGUUGGAAAUGAGCUGAUAGUGUGCAUAGACGGGCCAAAGUGGAGUUCCAGCCCAACAUGCGUAAAAGAUUGCGGAGACCCGUCGCCAAUGAAUGGUGUAGCAACGUUUAACUCUGGAACAACAUUAAAUCAGACGGCAUCAGUCACGUGCAAUACUGGCUACAACCUCACUGGACCAGAUUCUCUUACAUGUACAUCUGAUGGUUGGGAUGCAAAUGUAACAUGUACCAUUCAAGAUUGCGGCCAACUGUCGGUGCCAAAUGGUUUCGUGGAGGCUCCAGGAGGAACCGAAUAUGAAAAAUACGCAUUUGUCAUCUGCAAUGUCGGAUACCAGCUGGCCGGUAGCAUGUUCAUAAUAUGCCAGAACGGGCCGUCAUGGAGCGAUAUUCCAACAUGCGAUAUCAAGGAUUGCGGAGAUCCUACACCAGUGAAUGGGAGCGUCUCCGAUUCUACUACAACAUAUGGUGCAAAUGUUACUGUAACUUGUGAUAACGGAUAUGACCUAUCCGCCUCAGCGGAAAUAACAUGUCAGGCUGACGGUACCUGGAAUGACAUUCCGACGUGUGUGGAAAAUGACUGCGGACGCUUAUCAAUUGCUAAUGCAAACGUUACCGUAUCUGAUGGAACAUUGCUGGGAGCAUCUGCUACAGUCGCCUGCAACGAUGGAUACACGUUAAAUGGACAAACCCAAUCAGUGUGUCUUUCGACUGGUUGGGAUCCAGUGGCAUCUUGUGACAUAAUAGAUUGUUUUGAUGUAUCCAUUGAACAUGGUACCGCUUCUUUUACGACUGGAACGACGUAUGGAGGACUCGCAUUUAUUUCAUGCGAUUUUGGUUACGUAAUGAUUGGAGAAAUAUACACCGUGUGCAAUGCUGACGGAAACUGGAGUUCCAUUCCCACCUGCUUGAGAGAUUGUGGCAGCCCAAAGCCAGAAAAUGGCCAGUCAAGCACACCAACUGGCACAACAUUGGGUGAAGCUGCCACCAUAUCUUGCAAUGAAGGCUACACCGUCAGUGGUUCAAUUUACAUCAUCUGCAAUGAUGCCGGCUGGAAUGACACAACAAACUGCACAAUUCAAGAAUGCGACGACCCAUCUCCAAUAAAUGGCCUCGCUUCGUUACCGUCUGGUAAAACCUAUGAUAACACUGCUGUUAUUUCCUGUAAUGAUGGAUACAAGCUUGUUGGAAAUGAGCUGAUAGUGUGCAUAGACGGGCCAAAGUGGAGUUCCAGCCCAACAUGCGUAAAAGAUUGCGGAGACCCGUCGCCAAUGAAUGGUGUAGCAACGUUUAACUCUGGAACAACAUUAAAUCAGACGGCAUCAGUCACGUGCAAUACUGGCUACAACCUCACUGGACCAGAUUCUCUUACAUGUACAUCUGAUGGUUGGGAUGCAAAUGUAACAUGUACCAUUCAAGAUUGCGGCCAACUGUCGGUGCCAAAUGGUUUCGUGGACGCUCCAGGAGGAACCGAAUAUGAAAAAUACGCAUUUGUCAUCUGCAAUGUCGGAUACCAGCUGGCCGGUAGCAUGUUCAUAAUAUGCCAGAACGGGCCGUCAUGGAGCGAUAUUCCAACAUGCGAUAUCAAGGAUUGCGGAGAUCCUACACCAGUGAAUGGGAGCGUCUCCGAUUCUACUACAACAUAUGGUGCAAAUGUUACUGUAACUUGUGAUAACGGAUAUGACCUAUCCGCCUCAGCGGAAAUAACAUGUCAGGCUGACGGUACCUGGAAUGACAUUCCGACGUGUGUGGAAAAUGACUGCGGACGCUUAUCAAUUGCUAAUGCAAACGUUACCGUAUCUGAUGGAACAUUGCUGGGAGCAUCUGCUACAGUCGCCUGCAACGAUGGAUACACGUUAAAUGGACAAACCCAAUCAGUGUGUCUUUCGACUGGUUGGGAUCCAGUGGCAUCUUGUGACAUUAUAGAUUGUUUUGAUGUAUCCAUUGAACAUGGUACCGCUUCUUUAACGACUGGAACGACGUAUGGAGGACUCGCAUUCAUUUCAUGCGAUUUUGGUUAUGUAAUGAUUGGAGAAAUAUACACCGUGUGCAAUGCUGACGGAAACUGGAGUUCCAUUCCCACCUGCUUGAGAGAUUGUGGCAGCCCGAAGCCAGAAAAUGGCCAAUCAAGCACACCAACUGGCACAACACUGGGUGAAGCUGCCACCAUAUCUUGCAAUGAAGGCUACACCGUCAGUGGUUCAAUUUACAUCAUCUGCAAUGAUGCCGGCUGGAAUGACACAACAAACUGCACAAUUCAAGAAUGCGACGACCCAUCUCCAAUAAAUGGCCUCGCUUCGUUACCGUCUGGUAAAACCUAUGAUAACACUGCCGUUAUUUCCUGUAAUGAUGGAUACAAGCUUGUUGGAAAUGAGCUGAUAGUGUGCAUAGACGGGCCAAAGUGGAGUUCCAGCCCAACAUGCGUAAAAGAUUGCGGAGACCCGUCGCCAAUGAAUGGUGUAGCAACGUUUAACUCUGGAACAACAUUAAAUCAGACGGCAUCAGUCACGUGCAAUACUGGCUACAACCUCACUGGACCAGAUUCUCUUACAUGUACAUCUGAUGGUUGGGAUGCAAAUGUAACAUGUACCAUUCAAGAUUGCGGCCAACUGUCGGUGCCAAAUGGUUUCGUGGAGGCUCCAGGAGGAACCGAAUAUGAAAAAUACGCAUUUGUCAUCUGCAAUGUCGGAUACCAGCUGGCCGGUAGCAUGUUCAUAAUAUGCCAGAACGGGCCGUCAUGGAGCGAUAUUCCAACAUGCGAUAUCAAGGAUUGCGGAGAUCCUACACCAGUGAAUGGGAGCGUCUCCGAUUCUACUACAACAUAUGGUGCAAAUGUUACUGUAACUUGUGAUAACGGAUAUGACCUAUCCGCCUCAGCGGAAAUAACAUGUCAGGCUGACGGUACCUGGAAUGACAUUCCGACGUGUGUGGAAAAUGACUGCGGACGCUUAUCAAUUGCUAAUGCAAACGUUACCGUAUCCGAUGGAACAUUGCUGGGAGCAUCUGCUACAGUCGCCUGCAACGAUGGAUACACGUUAAAUGGACAAACCCAAUCAGUGUGUCUUUCGACUGGUUGGGAUCCAGUGGCAUCUUGUGACAUUAUAGAUUGUUUUGAUGUAUCCAUUGAACAUGGUACCGCUUCUUUAACGACUGGAACGACGUAUGGAGGACUCGCAUUCAUUUCAUGCGAUUUUGGUUACGUAAUGAUUGGAGAAAUAUACACCGUGUGCAAUGCUGACGGAAACUGGAGUUCCAUUCCCACCUGCUUGAGAGAUUGUGGCAGCCCGAAGCCAGAAAAUGGCCAAUCAAGCACACCAACUGGCACAACAUUGGGUGAAGCUGCCACCAUAUCUUGCAAUGAAGGCUACACCGUCAGUGGUUCAAUUUACAUCAUCUGCAAUGAUGCCGGCUGGAAUGACACAACAAACUGCACAAUUCAAGAAUGCGACGACCCAUCUCCAAUAAAUGGCCUCGCUUCGUUACCGUCUGGUAAAACCUAUGAUAACACUGCUGUUAUUUCCUGUAAUGAUGGAUACAAGCUUGUUGGAAAUGAGCUGAUAGUGUGCAUAGACGGGCCAAAGUGGAGUUCCAGCCCAACAUGCGUAAAAGAUUGCGGAGACCCGUCGCCAAUGAAUGGUGUAGCAACGUUUAACUCUGGAACAACAUUAAAUCAGACGGCAUCAGUCACGUGCAAUACUGGCUACAACCUCACUGGACCAGAUUCUCUUACAUGUACAUCUGAUGGUUGGGAUGCAAAUGUAACAUGUACCAUUCAAGAUUGCGGCCAACUGUCGGUGCCAAAUGGUUUCGUGGAGGCUCCAGGAGGAACCGAAUAUGAAAAAUACGCAUUUGUCAUCUGCAAUGUCGGAUACCAGCUGGCCGGUAGCAUGUUCAUAAUAUGCCAGAACGGGCCGUCAUGGAGCGAUAUUCCAACAUGCGAUAUCAAGGAUUGCGGAGAUCCUACACCAGUGAAUGGGAGCGUCUCCGAUUCUACUACAACAUAUGGUGCAAAUGUUACUGUAACUUGUGAUAACGGAUAUGACCUAUCCGCCUCAGCGGAAAUAACAUGUCAGGCUGACGGUACCUGGAAUGACAUUCCGACGUGUGUGGAAAAUGACUGCGGACGCUUAUCAAUUGCUAAUGCAAACGUUACCGUAUCCGAUGGAACAUUGCUGGGAGCAUCUGCUACAGUCGCCUGCAACGAUGGAUACACGUUAAAUGGACAAACCCAAUCAGUGUGUCUUUCGACUGGUUGGGAUCCAGUGGCAUCUUGUGACAUUAUAGAUUGUUAUUAUGUAUCCAUUGAACAUGGUACCGCUUCUUUAACGACUGGAACGACGUAUGGAGGACUCGCAUUCAUUUCAUGCGAUUUUGGUUACGUAAUGAUUGGAGAAAUAUACACCGUGUGCAAUGCUGACGGAAACUGGAGUUCCAUUCCCACCUGUUUGAGAGAUUGUGGCAGUCCGAAGCCUGAAAAUGGCCAAUCAAGCACACCAACUGGCACAACACUGGGUGAAGCUGCCACCAUAUCUUGCAAUGAAGGCUACACCGUCAGUGGUUCAAUCUACAUCAUCUGCAAUGAUGCCGGCUGGAAUGACACAACAAACUGCACAAUUCAAGAAUGCGACGACCCAUCUCCAAUAAAUGGCCUCGCUUCGUUACCGUCUGGUAAAACCUAUGAUAACACUGCCGUUAUUUCCUGUAAUGAUGGAUACAAGCUUGUUGGAAAUGAGCUGAUAGUGUGCAUAGACGGGCCAAAGUGGAGUUCCAGCCCAACAUGCGUAAAAGACUGUGGAGACCCAUCUCCUGAAAAUGGUGAUGCUUUGACAUCUGGUGGAACGAUAUACGGACAAACGGCGACGUUGGCUUGCAAUUCGGGAUACGACAUAAGCGGUGCCUCGGUUUUAAUAUGUGAGCUUGAUGGCUGGAAUGACACGGCAACAUGCACCAUCCAAGAAUGUUCCGACCCGUCGCCGCAAAAUGGUACGGCUCUUUAUCCAAAGGGAAAGUCGUUCGGAGAAGUAGCAUAUGUAUCCUGUGACGAUGGCUACAUUUUACAAGGCGACGAACAACUAACAUGCCUAGCUGGUCCAUUGUGGAAUACGAUUCCGGAAUGUUUAAAAGAUUGCGGUGACCCUGCACCUGUGAACGGCUUUGUCAUGGAUUUUACUGGAACAACAUUCGGCCAGACAGCAACCGUCGGUUGCAAUUCAGGAUACAACAUUAGCGGACCGUCAUCUUUAACAUGUUCUCAUAAUGGAUGGAGCGACGCUCCAACAUGCGAUUUACAAGAUUGUGGUUCACUCGUCAUCGCAAAUGGAACAGUGGAGUCGCCUAGAGGUUCGAAAUACGGGGAAGUUGCAAUUGUUUCUUGUGACGUCGGUUUCGAAAGAAGUGGAAGUUCGUUCAUUACAUGCGGCAAUGGUCCUUACUGGAGCGAUAUUCCCGAUUGUACAAUCAAGGAUUGUGGCGACUUCAACAUUCUGCUUGGACAUGUGAACAGUUCUGAAACAGUAUAUGGUUCUGUUCUCGCCGUUACUUGCGACACAGGACAUGUCAUUUCGGGACCGUCUGUAGUAAGCUGUACAGCUGAUGGCUCCUGGAGCUAUUCUCCAACAUGUUCCCCUGACGACUGUGGACAGCUAUCAAUACCGAAUGCAAAUGUGAGCAUACCAUAUGGGACAGUGUAUGGGGCAAACGCCACGAUAUAUUGUCAUGAAGGAUUCGAUUUGGAUGGCCCUCCUUAUUUGGAGUGUUUGCUAUCAGGAUGGAGCGCAAGUUCUUCCUGUUUAAUUCAAGACUGCGGUAACCCAUCCCCCGCCAAUGGAAUAGCUGAGCUACCAAAAGGCAGUACAUAUGAUGAAAUAGCGAUCAUAUCAUGCUACGAGGGAUACAAAUUGAUUGGACAUUCACAUAUUGUGUGCACUGAUGGCCCAUCAUGGAGUUCGUUGCCUACAUGUCUAAGAGACUGUGGAGACCCAACGCCCCUCAACGGCUUUGCGGACACUUCACUCGGCACUACUGAAAACCUGACAGCGACAAUAACAUGCAAUCCGGGAUACAACAUCAGUGGACCGUCCGUUAUCACCUGUCAAGAUAGUGGUUGGGAUACUCUCCCGACUUGUGUUAUUCAAGACUGUGGUGACCCGUCACCCGCUAACGGGUCCGCAAAUAACCCGAAAGGCACUACAUACGGCGAGGUUGCACUGAUAGUUUGUGAUGAAGGCUUUGUUAUCAAUGGUCAGACAUUGAUUACUUGUAAUCCAGGAUCAACAUGGAGUUCAUACCCGAAAUGUGUUUCUAUUGAUUGUGAUGACCCCGCGCCUGUUCACGGACAGUCGGACACGCCCGAAGGAACGACGCUAGGCUCUGUGGCAGGUGUCAGCUGUGAUACUGGUUAUGACCUGAUCGGAGAUACCAUCAUCACCUGUGAACUAGGACCAACUUGGAGUGUGGUUCCCCAAUGCAUUAGAAACUGUGGGACACCUUCAAUUCAAUUGGGAACGGUAACACCAGUGAACGGGACAUUAUUUCAAGCAGUAGCGAACGUUUUGUGCAAUGUUGGCUACGAAAAUUCAGGCAUUGACACACAGUUCACGUGCGAACACGAUGGAUGGACAGGCAACGCAAAAUGUGAAAUAUUAGACUGCGGAAAUCCGACACCAUCCAAUGGCACAUCAACUCUUCCGGACGGAACGGAAUACGGGGCAAUAGCAAUUAUAAACUGUGAUGAGGGAUUUCGAUUGCUAGGGGAUACGUUGAUCAAAUGUCUUGCUACUGGUGAAUGGAGCGAGGCACCGACUUGUGUAACGACUUCAACCUCUCCUGAAUCUUCAACAGCAUCACCUGAAACGCAAACCCAGACGGAUUCAACAUUCAACUUCGAGACUACUUUAAUAUUUGGACUGAUACUUGGCCUUUUCGUGCUAAUCACCGUCAUCAUAGCCGCUGUGUGCUGGUAUACCAAGCGGUGUAAACAGAGCAAGGGAGAGCCUGAACGGAUCAACGAGAAUGAGUUUGCCGGGCACGAACCCCAUGGUGAUUGGUCGGAUGACGAUGAUUUCUAUCCACCCGACCUUCUUACCCAUCCACCACCAAACAGCCGUGAAGCUCUGCCACCAAUGUUUUUUUCCCACAAAAGCAACGUCAACGUCGUCCCGCCUAUGACAAAGAAGUCAGUUCCUGAUGAUGUGAAGGCUGCUGCUGGAACGGGUUCGCAGCAUCCGACUCCAUCUAAGAUAUUUGGAAAGCGGAAAGGUUUGCCUCCAGUUCCUUCUGAUGUUCGACAAAUGCAUGACAACUUUGCGCCUUUACCGGGAGGAAAUGUCUCGCCCAUCGAGCGCAUGCCUAUUACUGGUGAAAUUAAUGCUCCUGUGGAUGAAAUUGAGGAACCCAACCGAACGAAUAAACCUCUGGAGGUUAACACUCUCAGUACUGAUUUAGAGCGCGGUGAUUCGUCUGUAAUAUUAACCACUGCGAGCGUUGAAACACAGCGAUUUGUCCGUGAGAACAAUCCAAAAACUACUCCAAUAAAGCAGGCAGGGGCUAAGCCAUCUGAAAAAGUUAAAACAGCAAGGAAAAAUCUACAGACCUCGACCAAACCCAAGAAUAUCAUUAAAACUGCAACAAAAGUGGCAAUUCCUACUAAAGUAAAGGCUCAAAAAAAGACUGAUGUGGAUAAGUCUACAAAAAAGAAUGAGCCUAGAGACACAAUCAUUGAUAUAGAAGGAAGCGAAAAACCGCAUCUUGCAGCGUCAAUAGUAAUUCCAGCCAAUGAUGUACAUAAUGAACAUUUUCCGUCCGGAACACCUCCCCUUUCACCAAAACCACCCACGCCGUUAUCUGAUCCUCCUGUGAACAACCAGACUCCAGUAUUUACAAAGUGUGACACACCCGAGACAAUCGUUUCUCAUCUGCAAAAUACACCUGACGAAAGCAUUAAACUGACUGAUGGUGCCGAUGCCUUUUAUGAUCUUGAUACGAGCAAGGUUAAACGCGUGAACUCCGCUAGAAGUAAGCUUAGUAUUUCACCGUCGAUUCUGAAACAGGCAGACGACAAACCGCCGAUCGCGCCUUCACUCCAAAUAUCAACACCUACACCGGUGUCUACACCUACACCUAUACAAAAGGUUGGUGAUAAGAAACACCUAAGAGUUCCCACUCCCGAAGCAUCUGGUCUGAAUGAUGCGCCGAGAAUUCAAACACAGAUUGAACGAAUCGGCUUGUCGCGAACAGCGAGCAUCUCUUCAAAAGCCCCCCAGACAAUGCCAUCCGUCGAGAAUGUUUUGCUGGUUGAACCGACAUCGUCGUCAAACUCGGACAAGGGUCCUGAUUCAGACAAUUAUCCUGAAAGUAAAGAUGAGAGCAAGGAUAAUUACUCCUACUCUGAUACUUUCUCUUCUUCAACCGACAUUGAGAUGGCUGCACCUAAACCUAAGAAGAACUUUUUGUUUGAAGAACCUGAUCCUUUCAAGAGUAUUCCGGUUAAGCAUGACACAUCAAGGCUUUUGCAACAUGACCAUGUGAUGGAUAAAAUCUCACCGGAAAGGACUCCGAAAUCCUCCAAGUCCACUGCUGGUCCUCGUCGGACAGAAGCGUCCUCGCGAUUACUGACUUCGUCCUAUGGACCUAGAACCGAAUCUGUAAAGGUCUACAAUCCUGGCACUGAGAAGAAAACGAAGGAGAGUUCUAAAACCAAAGAAAAGAAAAAGCUGGAGAAUGAACUAAGGAAGGCAGAAACAAAGCGGAAGAGAAACGUUAGAAUGAACGCGAUGUCAACCGUGUACGGGAAAACGCAUAAGGUUGAAAAACCUCCAAAACACUAGUCUAUAAACGACUUUUGAAAUUGACUUUUUAAUAAUGCCAUUAUUGAUUUUGAAUUGUGUUACGAUAUUCGAAACACAGUAAUAUGGGUUUUCUUGUUAAUUAUGUCCUAUAUAUAUAUUUGUAUGUGUGUUGACCUUUGCCGUCCGAUUUAAUAUUAUUAACGCUAUCUCUGUUCAAUCCGUCCAUAUAUAUUUAUAUCAAAACCGAAUAAUUAUACAUUGUGAUAUAUAUUUUGUUAUAAAUGACCGAUCGAUAAAUAAUUUGCAUCUUGAACUAAUUAGAAAUGUGAUAUUUUCAAAUGCAUUUUCUACCUUUUGUGCUUAACUCUUUUUACU